AUGUCCUAUAAGCAAUUCAUUCAGGAGCUUGAGGAUGAUAUACUCCCAUCUGAAGCGGAGCGUAGAUACCAAGAGUACAAAUCAGAGUAUAUUACUACCCAAAAACGAGCUUAUUUCAAUGCUCAUAAAGAUGAGGAGUGGUUGAAAGAUAAAUAUCAUCCUACAAAUUUACUUCCAGUUAUUGAAAGGAGGAAUGAAAAUGCUCGGCGUCUGGCUAAGGAUUUUUUGCUUGAUUUGCAAAGUGGAACACUGGACAUAAAUCCAGGUUUAAACUCUGUAUCCACUAGAUCCGAGCAAGCCAGUGAGCCAAAUUCAGAGGAGGAAACGGAUGCCGCUGGCAAACGAAGAAGACAUGGUAGGGGAUCUAAUAAGGAUAAUGAUUUCUCUGCUGCUCCAAAAGCUCACCCUGUCAGUUCUGAACCUAGAAGGAUACAAGCUGAGAUUCAACAGGUUCAGGCUGUUGUUCGGAAGCUUGACAAGGAAAAAGGGAUUGAAGAUAAUAUUUUAUGCACCAAUGAUCAUAGCAAAAAUGGUGAUAAGGCGCACAGUGGAUCUGUGGGUCCUGUAAUAAUUAUCCGUGGCCUAACAUCUAUUAAGGGCUUAGAAGGUGUUGAGCUGCUGGACACACUGAUAACAUAUCUUUGGCGGAUUCACGGCGUAGAUUAUUAUGGAAUGCUUGAGACUAACGAUGCCAAGGGUUUUAGGCAUGUGAGACCAGAAGGAGGAGCAAGGCAUGAAGAAACUGGUAAAUUGGGGGCAGAAUGGGAGAAAAAGCUUGAUUCAUUUUGGCAGAGAAGGUUGGAAGGCCAGGAUCCCUUGGAAAUAAGGUCUGCAAAGGAGAAGAUAGAUGCUGCAGCAGCCGACAUGUUGGAUCCAUAUGUUAGAAAGAUUAGGGAUGAAAAGUAUGGAUGGAAAUAUGGCUGUGGAGCCAAGGGUUGCACAAAGCUUUUUCAUGCAGUUGAAUUUGUGUACAAACAUCUCAAGCUAAAACAUCCAGAGCUUGUGUUGGAAGUAACAUCAAAAUUGCGUGAAGAUCUUUAUUUUCAAAAUUACAUGAAUGAUCCGGAUGCUCCUGGUGGAACCCCUGUCAUGCAGCAAUCUCAGAAGGACAGGCCUUUAAAGCGUAGAUUACUGGAUGGCCGAUUGAAAGAUGAUCGUGGGAAUCAGCGAGACCAGGAUCGAACAAAUGGAGAUAGACCUGACAGUUCUCCAUCCCGUGAAAGGCGGUUGGGUGGCCGUGAUGAAACUAUGUUUGAUGCAUAUGGAGGGCCUGCUGUAUCUCAAUUCUCCUCAGAUAUGCACCCUCCUCCUUCAGUUUUGAUGCCAGUACCUGGUGCCGGGCCUCUGGGACCCUUUGUUCCUGCUCCACCAGAAGUUGCGAUGCAGAUGUUUAGGGAUCAAGGACCAUCUUCAUUUGAUACCUCAGGGAUGACCAUGCGUUCUGGUCCUCAAAUAGGGGGACAGACCUCUAUGAUUGCUGUUCCUCCCGCCUUUAGACCUGAUCCUCGACGGAUGCGGAGUUAUCAAGAUUUGGAUGCCCCUGAAGAAGAAGUUACUGUUAUUGAUUAUCGGAGUUUGUAA